AUGGUCCAAUCCGGCCAAGGAAAUACAAUUCCUAUCUAUGCAGAGCUACAUGCUGACAUGUUGACACCUGUGUCAGCAUACCUUAAAGUCUCAGAUCGUUCUCGAUACUCAUUCCUGCUUGAAUCAGUCGCUGGAGGUGAAACGAUAGGGCGAUAUUCUUUCAUUGGCUCAGAUCCCUACAAAGUAUUGAAGGUUGGCGACAAUGAAGCUAUCAAGGGAGACCCAUUGAAGGUUGUUGAGGAGGAAUUGAAGGAUAUCAAGUACGUCAAUGUGCCUGGUAUUCCAUCAUUUACUGGUGGUGCUGUCGGAUACAUUGGUUUCGAGUGCUUUCAACAUUUUGAACCAACACUGAAGAGAGAUUUGAAGGAUCCCAUUGGCAUUCCCGAAGCCAUCUUUGUUCUCUGCGAUACAUUAGUUGUCUUUGAUCGAGUUCGCCAAGUCGUCAAUGUCGUAUCACACUUUAGAAGCGAUGUCACCGCUCCCGAAGAUAUAGAACGGGAAUACAUGAAGGCAGCAGAAGAGAUCGAAUGUACAUUAACGCUUUUGAACGAUCCUCAUACCCCUUCUGUUCCUCAGCCUCCCGUCGUCCUUGGAAAUGAAGCCGUUAGCAACGUUGGUAAAGAUGGCUACGAAGGAUUUGUUACCAACUUGAAGCACCACAUUGUUGAAGGCGACAUCUUUCAAGCAGUACCCUCACAGAGACUUGCGCGACCAACUUCACUUCACCCAUUCAAUGUGUACCGUCAUCUUCGUUCCAUCAAUCCUUCACCAUAUAUGUUUUACGUCAACCUGGAUGAAUUUCAGAUCGUUGGUGCAUCUCCUGAAAUGUUGACCAAGGUUGAGAACCGAACAGUAUAUACACAUCCCAUUGCCGGUACACGCAAGCGUGGAAAGACGCCUCAGGAGGAUAAGGCUCUUGCUGAAGAGUUGCUGAGUGAUGUGAAGGAGCGAGCUGAACACGUCAUGUUGGUUGAUCUUGGACGAAAUGAUUGUAACCGCGUUUGCAAACCUGAAAGUGUCCAGGUCGACAAGCUUAUGGAGAUUGAAAUGUAUUCUCAUGUCAUGCAUAUUGUCUCCAAUGUUAGCGGCAAGCUUCGAGAUGAAAUGACCUCUUAUGAUGCUUUCCGAGCAAUUUUCCCGGCUGGAACCGUGUCUGGUGCUCCAAAAAUCAGAGCUGUCGACCUCAUUAUGGGAUUGGAACAGGAAAAGCGUGGAGUCUACGCUGGUUCCGUUGGCCAUUUCGAUUACUCUGGUGACCUGGAUACCUGCAUUGCUAUUCGCACCAUGGUUUUCAAGGAUGGUGUAGCAUACUUGCAAGCCGGUGGUGGUAUCGUUUAUGACUCUGUCGAGGAAGAUGAAUACCAUGAAACAAUGAACAAGAUGGGUUCCAACUUGACGGCAAUAGCCGAGUGCGAGUUGAAGUACUAUGAAGCACAACAAGAAGAAAACUAA